UAACGCUUAGCUAUGCGACAUUUGUGCUUUAGUCGGCUGGCGUAACUGCUUCAAAUCGGACCGUCUGACUUAAAACGGAUAUUUCGUCGGUACAACCAUUCAGUACAACCGUUUAGUGCAGUCGGUAGUGAAAGCGUUCGAAUGAACUGCCUUAUUGUUGGGUUCAUAUAGUAAAUGUGCCAAACUUGAACUUCAAAAGUGUGGAGAACAGCUGUUCGCUUGUCGCUUUCAGCUAACUUUACUGGAAAAACCAGUUUUUGAAUUUUUCAACUCGGAUCACGGCGAUCGUAACCGUACCAACUCCGAAGUAUCUGUUCGACCACUUGCCAUGGAGCUUUGCAGAUAACGGUAAAUAACACCGAAUGUGGUAAAAAAGAGAAAGAGGACAAACAUUUUGAUUAUAGGACCCUUUAUCUCUCCUUAGGGUGAAAACGUAUGACCGAAAAUAAUCCCGUCAAAUCAGAGGAACUGGAAUCUCUGACCACGAAAAAUGGUAAAACAGCGCAAAUUGUUUCAGGUCUUAAUAGACCCACAGAAAAAAUACCGCUGGGCGAACAGAGUCGUGCAGUACGACGUCAAGAAUUAAUGGUACUACUUGGUAAUAUUGGAUUACUCUCUACCGGAAUGGCGCUGAGUUUGCCAACAGUCACUCUGCGACAGCUGAUGGAUCCCAAUGAGACUGUUCAUCUCAGCGAGUCACAGGCUUCAUGGUUCGCUUCCAUCAACACACUUUCAUGCCCACUCGGUGGUCUACUCUCCGGAUUUUUACUGGAUAAAAUGGGUCGCAAAAACACACUCUAUGUGUUGAAUGGCAUCGCACUCGCUUCAUGGGCUCUGAUGGCUUUAGCGGUGGAAAGUAAUGCCGAUAUUGUUUUUAUACAGCUGAUGGUGUCGCGAUUUUGUAUAGGUAUUGCUAUGGGAAUCGCCAGCGCACCAGUCGGUGUCUACUCCGCCGAAAUAAGUUUACCGCGUAUACGUGGAAGACUCAUUCUUGGCACAUCGGUGUCAAUUGCUGCGGGUAUUCUAGUGAUGUAUAUAAUGGGAUAUUUUAUUCGUAAUGACUGGCAGUUAAUUUCAAUGAUUUGCUGUGCCUAUCAAAUAGUAGCGAUGCUUUGCGUUAUUCCAAUGCCCGAAUCGCCCAGUUGGCUAGUGUCUAAGGGGCGUUUUGAGGAAGCGAAGAGAGCGCUCAAUUAUUUUCGAGGAUUGGAAAAAUCAGACGAAAUCACACAUCCGGAAGUGCUUGCCGAAUAUAACUUACUGCAGAAAUCUAUCCAAUUGGGUGAAGGUGUAAAGAAACCACCAUUUUUGAAGAGCAUACGUGAACCAGAAGUCUACAAGCCACUUCUUAUACUCAUGGGCUUGUUCGCAUUCCAACAGUUAACAGGCAUAUUUGUUGUUGUCGUUUACGCUGUGCAAAUCUCACAAGAGGCUGGCGUCAAUAUAGACCCAUUUAUGUGCGCUAUCUUGAUCGGCGUUGGACGAGUCGCAACCACAGUUCUUCUAGGAAUCAUUUUGGAGAAAUGGGGACGUCGUCGUUCGGGUAUUGUAUCGGCGCUUGGUAUGUGCGUUUGCAUGUUCCUAUUGGCCGGCUAUAACUGGUGUUCAUGGCUACAACUAAUUCCAUAUUUGCCGGUCAUUGCAAUUAUUGCCUUCAUUAUCUUAAGCACAUUCGGGCUCUACACGUUACCAUUCUUCAUGAUAUCGGAGCUCUUUCCGCAGAAAGUGCGCGGAGCAGCUUCGGGCCUGACAGUGGCGGUGGGCAUGUGCUUCGCCUUCAUCUGCAUUAAAACAUAUCCGGCGAUGAAGAAUGCAUUAGAUAAAGACUACUGCUUCGUUAUUUACGGUAUAAUGGCAUUCAUAGCGGCAGUUUAUGUAUACGCCGUGCUACCGGAGACACGUGGACGGACAUUACUCGCUAUUGAAGACCAGUUUCGUACUGGCGUUAAAUCGCAACGUUAUCAAGCCGCUCCAUUAGAAAUGCAGGAAGUGUCCGUGAAAUGAGCCAAUCGAGUUCACGGAAAGUGCUUUAAUUAAUUAGUUGUUCUUUGUUUACUUUAAGGAAGUGAAAGUGAUUGUUAAUGAAAGCUUUUGUAUUGAGUUGUUGCGCUUUACAAAUGAUGCCAAUAAGUAGAUUAACAGUUAACUGAAACCAAUUUGAAUUUAAUAUUUGACGCAAACAAAAACAAAACUUUCGAAAAGAAUAAAACUUAUGUAAAACUUAAACUGUGAUAGGUUUUGGUCCUGGAAGAAGAUUUUAUUACAUUUAGUGGUUUAAAAUCUAAUGUUUACAACUAAGAUGAAAUACAUUUAAAAUAUAUCAA